UUUUCAAUCUGUACUGCUAGUGCCGGUGAUUCAAUAGAGCAUAUUCUGCAGUAGUUAAAAUUUUUCUAUUCUUCUCACCAUGUGGUGGCGUUAGAAUAGCAAAAUUAGCAUUGGUUUGGAAGCACUGCUUCCAAGACUAGGUGCGCAUGCUCCCCUUCUCACUGCUUCGGGCCUCCACUGCUUAAUGGGUAGUUAGUAUUGCCAGACAUUUUAAAAUCUCACUGAUUAAAGUUAAAAUAAAUCUGCAUACAGAUGAUCGGUAUACAAGAAACUUGUGUAAAUUAAAUUGAGACUUCUUAAACGUAGGCCUACAUGGAAUAAGAAAUCUUUGUAGAAGAAACUACAACCAUGCAGGUAUAAAAAGAAACAUACUGUAUCUAAUCGAGUAAACGCCCCUUGUUGUUUAUUAUUGAGAAGGGUUUUAGAGAGGCAUUUCAGGGGCGUUGUUAAUUUUUUCUUUUGUGUAAAAUGGAUGUAAAUAAUUAUCAUUAAAAUGUGUUAUUGAAUUGAUCAUUAAUACUUAUUGACCCCGACCAGCUUAAAAUAAUAGGCACUUUACACAAGAGGAUGGGAGCUGUUUUAAAACUAUUAUUUUUUUGGUAUCAAAAUUAUAUGCCAGUAUUUUUUUUUUACAUAGAACAAUAAUCUAUUGGAACGAUCCAUCCCAAUCUCUAACUUCUCUUCCAGGCCUUGAGCAAUUUAUUUCCGCAAUUCAACCCAAUUACAAGUGAUUACAAGCAAACACACAACCGCAACCCAUGGCGGAUGUGUGUUCCAUUGUUGUCUUUCACAUGAAGAUGCUUAAAAAAGUUGAAUUGAGGGAGCAUGUUUGGUAAUAGAAGCUCUGGGACUUUGAGGUUUCUCAUCUUUCAAAAAAUACUUUAAUGUGGUGGGCACUUUCACUGAUUCAGCACAGAUUUCACUAGCGGCUUACAUUAUAAUUAAGAAAUCAGCAUCCAAAAUUAAACCACAUUAACAGUUGUUUAAAGAAAACUACAUAAACUUUGAUGUUAACAAAACUACAGUACGAUUAAAUAACAGAGGUGAAAGGCAAGUAAACAUAACAGCAGACAAUGUAAGAUUCUUAUAUGUUCUUUGAUUGAUUGGUUUUUUAACUUUUAUUCAUAGAUGUGAAAUUAACUCUUAUGCGCAAAGAAGAGGACGAUCAACCACAUACAGAAUAUGUUCUUGAUUUGUCGGAAGAACUUGAUGAAUGUAAAGUCAUUCUAACUUUAAAGGAAAACCCAAAAGAUUUUGUUAGGAGCAUUGUCUCCUAUUAUGCAGAUCAUGGUUUAGAUUUAAAGGAAAUUGUAGAAGAAUCUGUAGUAUUUCAUCUGUCAACACAUGAUCCUGAUUCUUUGAUGCAUCUAUGGGAAUUACAUUCUAGCGGGACACUCAUCGAAAAUUUAGCAGAAAUAUUAGUCCCGGAGAUACAUCAGCAGGAAUUCUUAGAUGAAUGGAUGACGUACAUAGAUGAAAAUGAAUACGAAGCUGCACUCAGUAAGCUGAAAGAAGAAGAAAUAAUGGAAACACUGCAACAAUUUACCAAAGAAAACUGGAAUGCUGGCUGUUUAAUACUGAUGAUUAUGACAAUUUCAUCAUUGAUAUAUCUAUACCAGGAAACAGUAACCAUAGAAUUCAUGCUCAUUACCACAGUUGCUUUAUACAACUUACGUGGGGAGGAAAGAGGAUUUAAUAUUUUUGUCUUAUUUUUAAUAAUAUUUAUAUAUUCUACUUACUUUAAAUUUUUUUUUGUUGCCGAUAAUCCAUAUAAUUAUUAUUAUAAGAAAUUCAUAGAAUUUAUAUUGAUAAUUGCUAUAUUUGUAUUUAUUCAUGCAUUUCGUAUUGGUCUAUUAAGUUCGAUUACAAGUAAAAUUGCAAAAUACAUUUGUAAUUGUACCAUUGUCAUAAUAUCUUUGUAUUUAAUAUAUCAUUUCAGUUUUACUAUAUUUUAUGUUAAGUUAUGGCUUAUUUAUUUUCUAGAUAUUUGCUAUACAACCUAUAUACUUGAUAUAGUAGUAGGAAUCGAUGAGUAGUCCUAAUAGAUAUUUGUUGUUAUCUUUAUUAUUUGUAGUAUAAUUUCAAUUUAAUUUACAUUUUAAUGGAUAUCCCAACUCUUAUAUUAUGAUUAUAUUUAAUUUACU